UUUCAAUUACAGUUCUGAUGCCCUCAAUGUUCAAAUGCUAAAUAACCAAAUCCGUCAGCUCUUAAAACCGGUUUUUUUCGCCGGAAUUUUUCAUCAGCUGACGCCAUUGAAAGUUCAGGCUUCCACAGGCCGCUGCCAUCUUAGUCAUGGAUCGGCUGGCCGCGGGAAGUGCUCAACCAGCUUUUCUCCGGUAAGAGAAUUUGAUCCUCUCAGUCAUCCUUCAGCAAAUGCAGGAAAAGGGGGAGGAGGAAGAUCUAAAGGACAAGGACAAUUUCUUUAACCAAGGAAGUCCUCAGGACGGAAAGAUGGAGGUUGAAAGCUCUCAUGAAGAAGGAGAAGACCUGAGUAAUGGAUAUAAAGAAGGAGAAGACCUGGGUAGAGGAUAUAAAGAAGGAGAAGACCUGAGUAGAGGAUAUAAAGAAGGAGAAGACCUGAGUAGAGGAUAUAAAGAAGGAGAAGACCUGAGUAGAGGAUAUAAAGAAGAAGACGACCUGAGUAGAGGAUAUAAAGAAGAAGAAGACCUGAGUAGAGGAUAUAAAGAAGGAGAAGACCUGAGUAGAGGAUAUAAAGAAGGAGAAGACCUGAGUAGAGGAUAUAAAGAAGAAGACGACCUGAGUAGAGGAUAUAAAGAAGAAGAAGACCUGAGUAAAGGAUAUAAAGUAGGAGAAGACCUUAGUAGAGGAUAUAAAGAAGGAGAAGACCUGAGUAGAGGAUAUAAAGAAGGAGAAGACCUGAGUAGAGGAUAUAAAGAAGCCAGACUUCGGAAUAUCCAGGAUAUAAAAACUAAACUGAAUCAACUAUUCCCAGGAAAGACUAGUUUAUCCUUUCCUCCUUCAGCAGAUGCAGGCCGAGGUGUUAGCCCUAGAGGUCGAGGACAAGGACGAGGUGUUCGAUCUAGAGGUCGAGGACAAGGACGGAAAGAUGGAUCUGGAUCAGGAUCUUUAAGAGAUCCUGGACUCAGUGUACGAAGAUCUGGGAGGCAAAGAGUAGAGAUAAACUAUGCUCAGUUUGAAGAUGUCCCGGAUGAAAUUUAUGUUCCUGGUCCAUUACUCAACGAGCAAGAUAAGCCCGGAGAUGAUGAAUAUAAAGAAACUGAUCAUCAAGAUGACCAGGCUUCUGAAAAUUCAGAUUCGGAAUACUCUACCAGGAAGAAAGGAGGACAGAAGAAACGCAAGCAAAGAAUAGGAGAGAAGACCAAGAACAGAGAUAUAAACAAGAAGAAGAAGAUGUUUGGAUCUGUUGUCGCUAACUACGGAUUGAAACGUGCGGAGAGGAAUAGAUUUGUUUAUUGUGAAGAAUGUAAGGACCUGAAACUAGGAGGCUGCUCUACGCAUCAUAAACUAAUUAGUUACCAAGAUUACAAUCUCAAAAUUGAACGAUCAAGUAAAAAGGGAGCAGGUAUGGGACUUUGGAAUGUAGGAAAACCAAUACCAAAGGGUUCCAUUCUUGGACCAUAUCUUGGAAACAAGGUGUCAGUUGAAGAACUUGAGUCUCAGAAGGAAUCCAACACUGAAUCUGGAUAUGCCUGGGAGAUUCAAGACAGUAGUAUGUCAAGAGUAGAAGGUGCAGUGGACCCUGGGACGAACCCUGACCCCACCAACAAUCCUCUGGCGUUUGCCAACUGUGGCAAUACUGUUUUUGAGAUCAAUAUGAUCGGAGUACAGUUUGAAGAUAAAAUCUUCUACAGAACAAUUAAAGAGAUCCCAUCUGCUGUAGAGAUGCUUGUAUUCUACGGCAAGGAUUAUGCCGAACAGCUGAAGAUUGAAUUUGGGGAUCGGUUCAAGUUCAAAGGAGAAGAGAAUUGGAGUAGGGAGGUGCAUCCUUGUACCCACUGCAGUAGUGGAUUUAUAUCCCAGGAAUUAUUAGAUAUACAUCUUAACUCAUGCAGAGAUAAGAAGAUCCAGGAAGCAUCCACUGUGUAUACCUGUGAUACCUGUAAUCACCAAUUCCCUUCAACCCAGUCCUUGAAGCAGCAUGUGAAGUAUAAUCAUGGUGAAUUCUAUUGUCCUGAAUGUGGAGAAGCGUUUAGUUCAGCAAGGAAGCUAAAGUUCCACAAUUCAAAGGUUCAUCUCGGUGAAACAUUCCCCUGUGAAGUGUGUGGGAAAAGUUUUGCUCAGAAAAGUAACCUCACUGCCCAUGUUAGAAACAUCCACCAGGGACACCGGGAUUAUAAAUGUAAUGUUUGUGGUAAGGAAUUCCAAAUUCGUACGAACCUUACAACACAUACCCGUACUGUUCAUGAAUUAGCUAAACCCUACAAAUGCACAGCGUGUGGGAAAAGGUUUGGGCAAUCUAGUAAUCUUAAUAAACAUAUAAAAUCAGUACACGAGGGAAUUAAGUAUCCAUGUACUCAGUGCGAGUUUAAAGCAACCCGAGCAGGCAGUUUAGCCACACAUAUCAAGAAUGUUCAUCUAGGAGAAUAUUCCUUCAACUGCGAGUAUUGUGAUAAAGGUUAUAACCAAAGGAGCCAUCUAUCAUUCCAUGUUAAGAACCAUCACCCUACAGAGUGGUUCCUUGAGCAGGAGGAGUAUGUUAGAAUUCAUCAAGAAGAAUGUAACAAAUGCAAGAAGAGGUUCAAGGAUAAAAACGAACUAAAACUCCACAUUAAGCAUAUCCACAAUCACUCGAUGGUAAUGUAAUUUGAUCCUACAAUCCCGUAAUACUACUCCUACAUAAACUCUGAAUUUAAUCUAAA